AUGGCACCCCACGCCGGCCUCGUCCACCUCAAGGAAUACGACAUCAAAGACCGCAACGUCGAACUAAUCGGAUCCGACCUUGACCACAAAUUCAAGCACGCCUCGGCCUCGGCCGAACCGGACUGGAACGACGGGCAGGUAGGGCUCACGCCGGGGCUCUUCGUCUGGCGCAUCGAGAACUUCGCCGUGGUGCCCGUGCCGCCAUCCUCGCACGGCCAAUUCUACGACGGCGACAGCUACAUCAUCCUGCACUCCAAACAACCCAAACAAUUUAACCUCUUCUCCUCCUCCGCCGACGCCCCCACGCCCCCCAAACUAACCCACGCCAUCCACUUCCUCCUCGGCGCCCACACCUCGCAAGACGAAGCCGGCACCGCCGCCUACAAGACGGUCGAGCUCGACGCCUUCCUGCACGGCGCCGCGACCCAGCACCGCGAGCUGCAGGCCCAGCCCUCCGCGUCCUUUCUCGCCCUCUUCCCGCGCCUGACUUUCCGGCGCGGCGGCGUCGCCUCGGGCUUCCGGCAUGUUGGCGACCCCGACGCGGCCGCGGCCGACAAGCAGGACGAGGUGGUCACGCUAUUGCGCGUGUUCAAGAAUCCGUGUGCGGUGGGGAGUAGGGAUGCGGUGGUGGUGUGCGAGGUGGAGGCGGAUUGGCGGAGUCUGGAUGAGGGGGAUGUGUUUGUGUUGGAGAAGGGGAAGGGUGGGAAGAUCUGGGUAUGGCAGGGCGGGCGGUGCUCGCCGAUGGAGAAGGCCAAGGCGGCGCAGGUAGUGCAUGAGAUGAAGCUGGCCAAGCGGGUGGAUGUGGAGGUGGUGUCGCAGGCGGAGUCGCGGUCGCGGUUGGUGGUGACCAUGUUGGGGGGUGGGGAGGAGGAUGGGUUUGGCGUGUUGAAGGCGCCGCGGCCGAUGGACUAUCUGGGUCUGGGAGGGUCAGGGCGCGAGCAAGGCGGAGAAGGCGAUGUGGCUCAAGGUCGCGCAGGCAUAUGUGCGGAAACUUCAGGGCGACGGCUGGAAUGA